CCUCGAAGGGGCGGGCGCGGCGGGGGCUGAGGCUUCAGGCUGUGACCACCUGAAGCUGCUUCCCAAAAUCAUGGCCAAGUUUGCUCUGAAUCAGAACCUGCCCGACUUGGGGGGCCCUCGCCUGUGCCCGCCGGGGGGUGCCCGCAGCCCGAGCUCGCCCUACUCGGUGGAGACACCCUACGGCUUCCACCUGGACCUGGAUUUUCUCAAAUACAUCGAGGAGCUGGAGCGCGGCCCCGCAGCCCCGCGCCGCCCCCGGGGCCCCUCUCCGGCCCGCCGCCUGCCCCGAGGCCCUCCCCGGCCCGGAGUGCGCAGCCCGGGCGCCUGGACUUCCAGCGAGUCCCUGGCCAGCGAUGACGGGGCCCCCGGGGCGCUCUCCCCGGCCGCCCCGUCGGGGCUCCCGCGCCCGCCGCUGUCCCCGCGCGCUCCCGGGCGCAACCCGCGGGUGGAGCGCACGCUGCUGGAGACCAGCCGGCGGCUGGAGCUGGCGCAGGCGCAGCAGAGCGCCCCGGGCCCCGCCCCUUUCCCUCCCGGCCACGCCCCCAAUGCUCCCGGCCCGCGCAGCCCGCGCAGCCCGCGCAGCCUCAGCCCCGCCCCUGACCACGCCCCUCCCCCACCGGGCCCCGCCCCCGCCCUGCCUAGUCCGCGCAGGGCCGGGAGAUCCAGCCCCGCCCCCGGCUCUGGCCCCGCCCCCGCCGCCUCGCCCGGCCCCGCCCAGCUGCAGCUGGUGCGCGAGCAGAUGGCGGCGGCGCUGCUGCGCCUGCGCGAGCUGGAGGACCAGGCGCGCGCGCUGCCCGAGCUGCAGGAGCAGGUGCGCUUGCUGCGUGCCGAGCGGGCGCGGCUGCUGCAGUCGGGGCGCGGGGACCCCGAACCCGCCGGCGUCGGCGGCGAGCCCCGAUCGGACAAGCUCGCCCAGCUGCGGAGGCUCACUGAGCGCCUGGCCACCUCCUCCCGCCCCAAGGCCAGCCCCGGCGGCCCCGGCGGCGUCGAGGAUCCCGAUGGGGCGCCCGCGGGGCUCCAGGGCCUCGACGGGGCGGACGGGGAGCCCCGGGAGCGCCAUGCAGGCGUGCAGGCCGUGCCCGGGACCCAAGAGGUGGCAGCCCAGGCCGUGCGGGAAACCCGGGAGGUCGGCGUGGAGGUGGCACCGUGCACCGUCGAGGCGGACGCCUGGGUGACCGAGGUGCUGCUGGGGGUGCCGGAGGCGGUGGAGAUGGAGCUGCAGGUGUUGCGGGACAGCCUGGAGCAGCAGCAGGGGCUGAGCGAGCUCCUGCGGGGCCGGCUGCAGCAGCUGGAGGAGGCCCGUCGGGCAGAGGAGGAAGAGGAGGAGGAGGAGGAGGAGGAGGAAGCCCCGACGGCCAGGACCCAGCUGCAGGAGGCGGCCACCCAGACCCCGUGGGGCUGUGCAGACAAGGCCACCCAGACCGAGCCCCCCUCCCCGACGGCCAGUCCCACACCGGGGGAAGGAGCCAUCCCGCCCGUCGGCACCCUCAAAUCCAUCAUGAAGAAGAGAGACGGGACUCCGGGUGUCCAGCCCAGCCCCAAAAGCCUACAGUUUGUAGGGGUCCUCAAUGGAGAAUACGAGAGCUCAUCCAGCGAGGACGACAGCAACAGCGACCGUGACAGUGAGAACGAGGCUGGCCAGCCGGCCAUAAGCAGUUCUUCCUCCUCUGGCUCUGGAGACGACAGUGGUGGGGGCUCGGAUCCAGGACCCCCGGGACCCCCCAAGGAGGGGGACAGCCAGAGUCCAGACCCUGAGGUGGAGCCCAGCCCGCAGGGAAGAUGCGAGCUGAGCCCCCGGCUGAGGGAGGCCUGUGUCGCGUUGCAGAAGCAGCUGAGCCGGCCACGCGGAGCCCCCCGCGAUGGGGCCGCAGCCCGCCUGGUGGCCCAAGAGUGGUUCCGGGUGUCAAGCCAGCGGCGCUCACAGGCCGAGGCGGUGGCCGGGGUGCUGGGCGCGGUGGGGCGCCUGGGUCCCCAACUGCUGGCCCACGUGGUCAACCUGGCAGACGGGAAUGGCAACACGGCGCUGCAUUACAGCGUGUCGCACGGGAACCUGGCCGUCUGCCGCCUGCUGCUGGACACUGGGGUCUGUGAGGUGGACCGGCAGAACCGAGCUGGGUACUCAGCACUCAUGCUAUCAGCACUGACUUCCGUGGGGCGGGAGGAGGCGGACAUGGCCGUGGUGCGCAGGCUGUUCAGCUUAGGUGACGUUAAUGCCAAGGCCAGCCAGACGGGCCAGACAGCCCUCAUGCUGGCCAUCACCCAUGGCCGCCAGGACAUGGUGGCCGCCCUCCUGGCCUGUGGAGCGGACGUGAACGUCCAGGAUGCCGACGGGGCCACGGCGCUCAUGUGCGCCAGCGAGUAUGGCCGUCUGGACACCGUCCGGCUCCUGCUGGCCCAGCCGGGCUGCGAUCCUGCCCUGCUGGACAAUGAGGGCACCAGCGCCCUGGCCAUCGCCCUGGAGGCUGAGCAGGACGAAGUGGCAGGUCUGCUGCAUGCCCACCUGAGCUCAGGGCAGUGCCAGCCGCAGGAGAAGGGAGGCCCCCCAGAGGACGAGCCUCGUGGAAGCAGUGAGGGCAGAGAUGGAGAGGGCCCCGAGGCUCAGUGAAGGGUCCAGAGGAAGGACUCGCUCUGUGGGUCUUCAAGGAGCUCAGGACUUGUCCAGAGGGGUCUGCUGUGGCCGCUGCGACCUUGGAAAGGCUGUGAACACGGGAGGGCAGGAGAGACACUCCAGGUUACCCCCCUCCCCAAUAAAAGUGUCUGGGCGGGAGUCAGCAAGUGCAAGUGGCGCAAAGCACAAGGACCGGCAGAAGGAUCCCGGUUCCAGCCCCCGGCUCCCCACCUGCAGGGGAGUCGCUUCCCAGGUGGUGAAGCAGGUCUGCAGGUGUCUGUCUUUCUCUCCCCCUCUCUAUCUUCCCCUCCUCUCUCCAUUUCUCUGCCCUAUCCAACAAUGACAUCAAUAACAACUACAACAAUAAAAAACAAGGGCAACAAAAGGGAAAGUAAAAUUUUUUUUAAAAAUACAUUAAAAAAAAAAAGGAAAAAAAAGCCUGGCUAAGUCUGUCUGAUUUGGGGAACACAGGGUGGCGGGACAAGACAACCCCAGACUAAGGGAGAGGCCCAGCUGGCGCAGCUAGAGGUGGACCCGGGAAGGAGGUAACAGAGUGGUCACCGAGUGUGUGUGUCCUGAAUUUACCUUAGUUUACAGACCCCCCAGGUUCAAGCCCCUGGUCCCCACUGCGGGGGGGGGUGGGGGGAGAGAAACUUCACAAGUGAAGCUGGACCACAUGGUGCCUGUCUCUCUCCUCUCCCACCCCCUUCCCUCUUGAUUUCUGGUUGUCUCCAAAUCUGACAUAGGUCGAACCUGGGUCCUUGCACAUGGCUAAGGUCACCCCCCCCCCAUCUAGGGUUACUGCUAGAGGCCUGGCGCCUGCACUAUGAAUCCACUGCUCCUGGUGGCCAUUUUUUUUCCUUUUUGGAUAGGACAGAACAACGGGGAGAAUGAAAAAUAAGCCAAGGGCAGACCCGUAGGUGGGGAGCCGGGGGCUCAAACCAGGAUCUUUGGGCUUUGCACUAAACCCCAUCUACCGCCGGGCCCUGACUUGUGCUCUUAAUGAAGAGCACCACCAUCUGUCUGAC